AUGAAGUUCGCCUCCGAGGAGACAGUGUUCGUAACUAUCGCCAUUGCAGCCAUCGUGUCUUUACAAGGUGUAACAAGUCAGACAUCCUCUUCCGAAUGGCACCGGCUGGAUGACGCAGUCUAUCUAGUGGAUGGCAUCACCCGAGUAAGGUACGAUGAGGCGCAGUCUCUCUGUCAAGAUUUAUACGGAGCAAAUCUAGCAAGGGUUGACUCAGACAAGAUCCAGGAUUUCUUGACGACUUUCAUCUCUCCGCCAUUAGAAGAUACGCGGUGCUUUUCGAUUGGUUGUGAUGACAGCGAGGUCGAAGGUCAAUUCAGAUGGCUUGAUGGCACACCAGUGAUAUAUGAUGGUUGGGCGCGACGUCAACCAGAUAAUAAUGGUCCGGGAGAUCAAGAUUGUGCUUGCCUCUGGUCGAGCACAGUGAAUUACAGACAUGGACGUUGGGACGAUGCCGUCUGUUCACUGGACAGAUAUUUGAUUUGCCAGAAAGGAAUUUAUAAUUUCCGACUCACAAUCCCUCGACCCAAUCCCGGUUUCGCUAAUGUCUACUGCGCCGUCGACGUCGACAUUCAAGGAGAAGCACUGUCUCCAGAUGACGUCAGGGUAUCCAUCGGUUAA